CCUCCGCAUUGGUCUCGACUUCCGUCGUCAUUUCCAUCGACUCAAGUUAUUUAUAUUUCAUCUCAUCAGAGAAGCAAAAAGAGAAAAAAGAAAAAAACCUCCAUCUCCAAGCAAUUCUAAGUUCGAUCUGAAUCUCUGUAACGCAGAUCUGAGAUUCAAAAUUUCGUACAUGAUUUGGUCAAUAGUUAUAAUUUAUCGGUUGUUAAUAUCAGAUCUUACAGAAAAAGGAGGUGAAAAAAAAACCCUAAUUUAAUCCGGUAAAGUGGGGCGUUGUGUUGAAGCAGAUAGAUUUUUUUUUUUGUAUAAUUAUAGUUUUGGGGAUCCAAUUGGUCUGAGAGUAGGUAUAUUAACGGAGAAACCUGGAUUCAAUGGGUAAAGAUGAUGAGAAUUUGAAGGCAGAGGAUGUUGAAGAGGGUGAAAUUUCCGAUACAGCGUCAGUGGAAGAGAUCAGCGAGGAAGAUUUUAAAAAGCAGGAUGUUAAUGUUGCACAAGAAUCGAAACCCAAAGAUGGUAGGAUUUGGACGAUGAGAGAUCUAUACAAGUAUCAGAUGGGAGGAAGAUACGUCUCCGGCUUGUAUAAUCUUGCUUGGGCACAGGCAGUACAGAAUAAGCCUCUAAAUGAGCUGUUUGUUGAAGUUGAACCCGAUGAGAAAUCCAAGCGAUCGCCGCCGCCGUCGUUUGUUCCGUCUAUAAAUAGCAUUUGUAACAGCAGCAAAGAAGACGAGAAGAAUAAAGUUGAUAAAGUUGUGAUUGAUGAUAGCGGCGAUGAGAUGGAUGAUAAGAUUGUGGAUGUUGAGAAAGAGGAAGGUGAAUUGGAGGAGGGUGAGAUUGAUUUGGAUUCAGAACCAGGUGAGAAAGCUGCUGGGGAAGGUAAAGAAACGAUGUCGAAUAGUGAUGAAAUGAGUGUUGAUGGCUUGCAGAUUGAGUCCAAGGAGAUGAAUUUGGAGGAGAAAAUUAAAUCAAUUCAGGAAGCUCUGGAGAGAGUGACUGUGAUUGAAGCACAAAAAUCAUUUAGCACAACUUGUUCAAAAUUGCGCAACACAUUGGAGAGCUUGCGGAAUGUGGUUCCAGAAUUUAAUAUUCCCACAAAAGAUUAUCUUAUGCAAUUGGCAUUGACUGCUGUUAGAGCUGUUAACUCGGUGUUUUGUUCCAUGAACCAUAAAUUAAGGGAACAAAAUAAGGACCACUUUUCAAGUUGGCUUUCCCUUGUAAAUAGCUAUGUCCCACCUCUUUUCUCCCCUGAGCAGGUCAAAGAGAUUGAGGUCAUGGUUUGCUCUCUAGAUUCUCCUGGUGUUCUGAUGAGUUCAAUAUCUGGUGAAAAAGAGAAAGAGACACUGAUUCAUAGCGAGGUGAAUAAGGACAAUGAUGUCUCAGCUAAAAGUUCAGUGCAUAAUUUGAUUACUGCAAAUAAGUUUCCGUUGUUUGCGGAGUCUUAUGUUAAUAAUAAGCCAAACAUAUCAUUAGAAGCUCCAAAAACAGGAGUGUCUGCUUUUAAGAGUAGAACAGUUUUGGCCCCGUUGUUAGACCUCCACAAGGAUCAUGAUGCAGACAGCCUUCCAUCUCCGACAAGGGAAGCACCACCACCAUUACCUGUACAAAGACUAUUAACACCUAAGGUGGUGAAUGACACUGAAGAUUCUAGAAUGCAUCCAUAUGAAACUGAUGCACUUAAAGCUGUUUCUAGCUACCAGCAAAAAUUUAGCCAUAGUUCAUUUGCAGUGAAUGACAGGCUUCCAAGCCCAACACCUUCGGAGGAAUCUGGUGCUGCAGAUGGUGAUGUAGAUGGGGAAGUUUCUAGUUCAUUGACUGUUGGUCGAUUUAGACUUGCUAAUCCGCCAAUUUUCAGUCAAACAAUUCCUUCUGCUGGUCUUCCUCGCACUGAGAGUUCUAGUAUGCAGGGAGUUAUCCCUCCUAAAAGUGCUGGAUCAGCAGGUUCUGGACCUGCUUUAACUGUGAAAGCCCCUGCAAAGAGCAGGGACCCUAGGCUUCGAUUUGUUAAUUCUGAUGCCAAUUUUUCAGAUCAAAACCAGCAUGCCCUGUCAAUGAUGAAUCAUGCACUUAAAAUGGAACCUGCUUUAGGAACAAGAAACUUAAAAAAGCAGAAAUCUGUAGAUGAUAUUAUUCAAGAUGGUCCUUCAUUAAAAAAGCAAAGGAACACAUUGGAGAAUUCUGGAGUUAUAAGGGAUGUGAAAGCCAUGGUUGGAAGUGGCGGUUGGUUGGAGGAGACUGACAUAGUUGGACCUCAAACUGUGAAUAGCAAUCAGUUGGCAGAGAAUGUGGAAUCUGAUUCCAGGAGAAUAGAUAAUGGAGUAGCUUGUCCUAGUACAGUUAGUGGAAUAUCUAGUGUAAAUGUUAGUAGAAAUGAGCAGUUACAAGUUACGGGAACUGGUGUUGUUGCUGGAGCUGAAACGGCAGCUGUGAUGGGUAGUAGUGCAACAUCUCUGCCAGAUCUGUUGAAAAAUAUUGCAGUGAAUCCAACAAUGUUGAUAAAUAUACUCAAAAUGGGACAACAACAGAGAUUAGCAAUAGAAGGACAGCAGAAGCCUGUUGAUCCUGCUAAAAGUACAACACAUCCAACAAACACAAAUUCAAUUCUGGGAGCUCUUCCUAUGGUGAACAUUGAUCCUCCACAAUCCACGGGGAUUUUGCCAAGACCAGCAGGGACAAUUCAGGAUGAGAUGGUUAAAAUUCGAAUGAAACCACGAGAUCCUCGCCGUGUUCUCCAUAAUAAUACACUCCAGAGGAAUGGGAGCUUGGGGUCUGAACAGUUCAAAACAAACAUGACAUCUACAUCAACUAACCAGGGUACUAAGGACUGUCAGAAUGUCCAAAAGCAAGAGGUGCAAGUGGAGAUGAAACCGCCUAUACAAUCUCUUGUCCCACCAGAUAUUUCCUUGCCAUUUACCAAGAGUUUGAAAAAUAUUGCUGAUAUUGUGUCUGUUUCCAAUGCAUCAACAACUCAAUCUCCUGCUUCUCAGAAUGUUGCAUCUCAACCUGUGCGAUCUAUAAUGUUAAAUUCUGACAAGCCAACUGGAAUUGGUUCAGCACCAGGUGUAGCACCAGUAGGUCCCUAUUCCCAGAACGGAUGGGGAGAUGUUGAGCAUCUCUUUGAAGGAUAUAAUGACCAGCAAAAAGCUGCUAUACAGAGAGAGAGGGCAAGAAGGAUAGAUGAACAAAAGAAAAUGUUUGCUGCAAACAAGCUCUGCCUUGUGUUGGAUCUGGAUCAUACACUUCUUAACUCUGCCAAGUUUGUUGAAGUUGACCCUGUGCAUGAUGAGAUAUUGCGGAAGAAGGAAGAACAAGAUCGUGAAAAACCACAAAGACAUCUAUUCCGCUUUCCACAUAUGGGAAUGUGGACAAAAUUGCGCCCUGGGAUAUGGAAUUUCUUGGAAAAGGCUAGUAAACUGUAUGAGCUGCAUCUUUACACAAUGGGGAACAAAUUGUAUGCCACAGAAAUGGCCAAAGUUCUAGAUCCAACGGGGUUGUUGUUCAAUGGGCGAGUUAUUUCCAGGGGCGAUGAUGGAGAUCCUUUUGAUGGUGACGAGAGGGUUCCCAAGAGUAAGGAUCUUGAGGGGGUCUUGGGUAUGGAGUCAGCUGUUGUCAUUAUCGAUGAUUCUGUGAGAGUCUGGCCACAUAACAAGUUGAACUUGAUUGUUGUGGAAAGGUAUAUUUAUUUUCCUUGUAGUAGACGUCAAUUUGGGCUUCCAGGUCCUUCUCUUCUUGAGAUUGACCAUGAUGAGAGACCAGAAGAUGGAACUUUGGCAUGCUCUUUGGCGGUUAUUGAGAGAAUACAUCAAAACUUUUUUACUCACCUCUCCUUAGAUGAAGCAGAUGUUAGAAAUAUCCUUGCAUCAUUGCAGAGGAAGAUUUUGGCUGGCUGUCGGAUAGUAUUUAGCAGGGUCUUUCCUGUUGGUGAAGCCAACCCCCAUCUACAUCCGCUGUGGCAGACAGCUGAACAGUUUGGUGCUGUCUGCACAAACCAGAUAGAUGAACAGGUUACUCAUGUAGUUGCCAAUUCGCUUGGAACAGAUAAGGUGAAUUGGGCUUUAUCCACGGGACGAUAUGUUGUCUAUCCUGGGUGGGUGGAAGCUUCAGCUUUGCUAUAUCGGAGAGCAAAUGAGCAAGAUUUUGCCAUUAAACCAUAAAAUUCACCCUAACCGUUAUGGCAAAAAUUAAGACCCGAUAAAUUUUAACAUCAAGUUCUAGCUAAAGUAGGAGAUGAGUCUUGUUGUGAUGGGCGAUUGGGGGUGGAGCAGAGAUUGGUCGGAGUAAUUUGGAAUUUUUUAUUCAUUAUAACCUCCCAUUAUUACUGAUGGGUUCGCCUUCCAUUUGAUUUUGAUCUACCAAUGUGCUGAAGGGUCGGAAGGAGAUUUUUAGUGAAGGACUUGAUGCAUAUAUGGAUUACAGGAGGCCCGAAAGUAUCCAAAAUUGGAUUCUGGGGAUUCUGGGUAGGUCAUGGAGGGAAAAACGAAGCAAAGGAGAAUGGUUGACCUCGGUGUCUGUGGGGGCAGGCCCAGCAGAAAUGGAAGUUCACCGAGUUUUGUACUUACGGGAGGUGUUGGUGGCUACAAUGGACAUUGUUAAAUGUAAAUUUGGGAGAUCCACAGGUGAAUUAAACAAUGAGAACAAGAAACAGCUAAAAUUGUGAGAACUUGAGUCAGACAUACAGUUGUAGAAGUGGGAUGCGGAUAAUGACAGGAAAGAAGAAAAGGCGUGAGAAUGAUAACUCGGUUAGUGUAGGGAAAGGAGAUUUUUUCCAAGUCAAGAAAGCAUUAAAUUUAAGGUGGAACUUUGUCAGUGAGAAGUAAUUGUCAAUGAGGUCGUGGGUUGGUCGUAUUAAUUUUUCCCCCUAUUGCUUAGCAUCAGUUACAUGGCCAUUCAUCCAUUUUGCUUUUGCACUCUCUUUAUCCUUCAAAUUGCCAUAUGAUUUUUCAAAAAAAAAAAAAAGGGAAAAAAGGAUUCUUGAGUUCAAUCUUCUUGUAUUGCAAAUGGUUCUAGUUGGUGGAUAUUAUUUGAACAAAGAACAGAAAAGCAGUAGUACGAAAGAUUAACUACAUUAAUCUAAAAUUGACCUAAAUAUACUACCACUCUGGCAAAGACAGAUGGAAGAUUCUCAGUCUCGAAUAUUAAUGCCUUCCUGCAAAAAAAAAUUAUUAAUGCGUUGUCAAUUGGGUGAAUUCUUCAAGGAUUUGCCUU